UUAUAAACCCCGGUAAAAACCUUCUCGUGAGCAGCGGAUCCAGUUCUUUUCGUCGACGAACGAGCAUUCCAUACUCCGCCGGACGCCGUCCACCGUUGUCAGCCCAGCGUAGUUGUUCUCGGGCAAGCAGUGAAGAAGCUUGCAUCUGCAUGCAGUAAUGGGAGCUGAAGAUACAAAAGACCCCUUCAAAGGGGUGGAUUGGAAAGCCGUUGGUGGUGAAAUGCAACAGAAUCCUAGUGCUCAGCCAGUUUUGAAGAAGCGUCUCCCCAAAAAAGUUAGGGAAAUCCCUGACUACUAUUUCCUUCCUCGACGGUCUCUACCUUCAGCUAUCGCUUUCUAUGGUUCAUGCAUAGCUGGUGGUAUUGCUGCAGGAAUGCUUUUGGAGGUCUGGAUUAACAAGAAAGUUAAAGAAGAUGGAGGUGUUAUAUGGGAGUUUGACAAAUAGACGCUUCUGCACUUUGAUGCAAUGUUCAGUUUCCAAACUUUUGGAGAAUUCAUGGUGUAGUGUAGAUUUAUCAUUGUUUUCCUCCACGGCGAGUUGUAUUUACAAGAGACCACUAGUGAGCAUUUAGUUUUGUUUUUAAAUACUGUUUCCUGUAUUUAAAAGCAAAAAAAAUUUAAAAAGUCAUUUGGAUAAAUGUUUUAGAUUUAAUUGUUUUUAAAACUGUUUUCAUUUUUUAUUUUUAAAAACAAAAAUUAUAAACAUCUUUAAAGAUGUCUUCAUUUCA